AAGUCUGAAAGUUUUCGAAAACGAUAUUGGGCAAGAUCGUAUUUAGGAUAUCCGAGUGUACGUGAUGCAGAACCUAAUAUUGGACAUUAUGCUUUAUCAGCUUUAAUGAAGAUGGGAUACGUUAAAAAAAUCAUUACUCAGAAUGUUGAUAGGCUUCAUCAUCGUGCUUCUCUAGAUGAUGAAAGCGUUUUGAAUCAUCCUUCUAUUCUUGAACUUCAUGGAACUCUACGAUUUGUGAAUUGCUUAGACUGUGGUCAUCUUAUAGAUCGGAAUCAGAUUCAAGAUCAAUUAUCGAAAUUGAAUCCUGAUUGGGCUGAUCAUCUUGAUCAACUUGCAAUUGUUGGUCAAGAGAUUAAAACUAAUCCAGAUGGUGAUAUAGAUUUGAAUGAUAGAUCAUAUGAUUCUUUCGUUUUACCUAGUUGUUCAAAAUGUUUAACUGGAAUCUUAAAACCUAGUGUGACUUUUUUUGGUGAAUCACUUCAUAGUAACAUUAAACCUAAAACAGAAGAAAUUAUUUCGAAUUCAUCAAAUUUGAUUGUCCUUGGUUCAUCACUCACAACUUAUUCAGCUUUCAAACUUGUAAAACAGUUUAAAGAUCUCAAACCACAUUCUCAGGUUGGAUUAGUAAACAUUGGUAGAUGCAGAGCAGAUGAGAUUGUAGAUUGGAAGAUUGGAACUGAUACUGAUGAACAAAUUGGAUUAGGUUGUAGUGAGGUUUUAAGAGCAGUUGGAUUAGAACUUUUUCAGAGAGAUUAUCGUGGUAUAGGAAAAGAAAAAGAAGUGGUUAGGAACUUGUUGGAAAGUGGGGUUAAGAAACCUGUUCUUUAG